AAUGAAAACAAGAUUGUAGAGUAUAAAGUAAGAGAUGGGAAAAAGCUUGAACCUGCUGAAGUAAAUCCAUUAAUCAAAAAAGAAGAACAUUCAAAUCUUAAAGAGAAAAUAAAGAAAAUAGAAACUGAACAGAAAAAAGUAAUUCCAAAAAAUAUUACAGAUCAGAUACAAAGACAAAUAAAAGACUGGGAGGAGAAAGAUAAGAUGUUCGUGUCUACCAGAGCCAGUGAUUACGUCAUGGAAUGUUUACAGGACAACAGUUGCUUGACAUUAACUGCCCCAUCGGGAGUUGGAAAAUCAUUUAUUGCAAGACACACAGCACUUCUGUUAAAGAAGGAAGGAUACAAUAUAAUACCAGUGUACUCACCAACAGACAUAAGAGAUUAUUAUCAGCCUGGUAAACAGACAGUCUUCAUUGUAGAUGAUAUUUGUGGAAAUUUCAGUGCCAACCAACAACAGAUUGAUAACUGGAAACAACUGCUACCUGUGAUAAACACAAUUAUUGCAGACAAAUGUUGUAAGAUAAUUGUAUCGUGUAGGUUACAAGUCUAUAAAGAUGAAAAGUUUGGUAUAUUAUCACCUUUUAAAUCUUGUGAAUGUAACUUAAUAUCAGAUAAGUUAUGUCUUACAUAUGUGGAGAAAACAAAUAUAGCAAAGGCCUAUAUUGGCACAAGCAUGAAAGAUAUUCAUGAUUUAUCACAAAACUGUGAUUUUUUUCCACUAUUGUGUAGUUUAUAUCAUGAAAAAAAAGAUGUAGAUGUAAAAGAAUUUUUCAAAAAUCCUUUUGCUGUCUAUAAAAAUGAGCUAGACAGGUUAAGUAAGCAUGGUGAUGAAGAGAAAUAUAAAAUAUGUAGUCUUGCUUUAUGUGUUCUCUUUAAUAAUCACCUUGACGAAAAAUGGUUCUUGGAUAAAGUUACAAAGAGGCAAAAACAGAUCAUAAAAGACACAUAUAAUGCUUGUGGAUUGGACAGAGGAAUAUCCAAGGUAAAACUGCAACAUGCCCUUGACACCCUAGACGGUACAUUUAUCUGUAAACAGAAUGGUAUUUAUAGAACUAUACAUGAUAAAGUAUUUGACUUUCUUGCUCAUUAUUUUGGUCAGAAAAUGAUUGAAUGUUUAAUAGACCAUGGUGAUAGUGGUUUAGUACAUGAACGUUUCAUCUGGCAGAAGUCACCAGAUGACAUGGCCAGUUACAUAGACUUCAUUAUUGAAAUACCAGAUGAUUAUUUAGAAUCAUAUUUAAAAAGGUUUAUAAAAGACUGGUCUGUAGGAAAUGUGUCAGAUGUAUUCAGUAAUAAUAAUAUUAAGGACUCAUCAUUCAGACAAAAGUUAUUACAGUACUUACAACAACUACAUAAACUACAACAAGUAACAUUAGCCAACACCAAGGAUACAGUGAGACCAAAGGAGGACUGUGGAUCAGGAAAUACUCCACUGAUAUGGACUUGUUAUGAUGGUUAUACUGAUAUGGUACAGUGGAUGUUACAUAAUGAUGCGGAUGUGGAUCAGUGUAGAGAUGAUGGAGUUACUGGACUGAACAUGGCAAGUCAGGAAGGACAUACUGAUGUAGUAAAGUUACUGUUAGAGAGGAAUCCUAAUGUUGAUCUAUGUGACAAGGAUGGCUGUAGUCCUCUGUACAUGGCAAGUCAGAAUGGACAUACUGAUAUAGUAAAGUUACUGUUAGAGAGGAAUCCUAAUGUUGAUCUAUGUGACAAGGAUGGCUGUAGUCCUCUGCACAUGGCAAGUCAGAAUGGACAUACUGAUGUAGUAAAGUUACUGUUAGAGAGGAAUCCUAAUGUUAAUCUAUGUAACAAGGAUGGCUGUAGUCCUCUGUACAUGGCAAGUCAGAAUGGACAUACUGAUAUAGUAAAGUUACUGUUAGAGAGGAAUCCUAAUGUUGAUCUAUGUGACAAGGAUGGCUGUAGUCCUCUGAACAUGGCAAGUCAGGAAGGACAUACUGAUGUAGUAAAGUUACUGUUAGAGAGGAAUCCUAAUGUUGAUCUAUGUAACAAGGAUGGCUGUAGUCCUCUGAACAUGGCAAGUCAGGAAGGACAUACUGAUGUAGUAAAGUUACUGUUAGAGAGGAAUCCUAAUGUUGAUCUAUGUAACAAUGAAGACUGUAGUCCUCUGUUACAGGCAAGUUAUAAGGGAAAUACUGAUAUAGUAAAGUUACUGUUAGAGAGGAAUUCUAAUGUUGAUCUAUGUAACAAUGAAGACUGUAGUCCUCUGUACAUGGCAAGUCAGAAUGGACAUACUGAUAUAGUAAAGUUACUGUUAGAGAGGAAUCCUAAUGUUGAUCUAUGUAACAAGAAUGUCAUUAGUCCUCUGUACAUGGCAAGUCAGAAUGGACAUACUGAUAUAGGAAAGUUACUGUUAGAGAGGAAUCCUAAUGUUGAUCUAUGUAACAAGAAUGUCAUUAGUCCUCUGUGCAAGGCAAGUAAUAACGGAAAUACUGAUAUAGUAAAGUUACUGUUAGAGAAGGAUCCUAAUGUUGAUCUAUGUGACAAUUAUGGCUGUAGUCCUCUCUACCGGGCAAGUCAGAAUGGACAUACUGAUAUAGGAAAGUUACUGUUAGAGAGGAAUCCUAAUGUUGAUCUAUGUAACAAUAAUGACUGUAGUCCUCUGUACAUCGCAAGUCAGAAUGGACAUACUGAUAUAGUAAAGUUACUGUUAGAGAGGAAUCCUAAUGUUGAUCUAUGUGACAAUAAUGGUGAUCAGGUCUUGUAUUAAUAACCACACCAGUAUAGUCCAAUUAUUAGUUAAACAUAAACCAAACAUUAAUACCAAAACAAUGUUUGGUAAUAAUGCCAUAUAUUACAGUGUACAGAAUGGAAGCGUAGAUAUAACAAAGUUACUGUUAGAGAACAAUGCUGACUGUAAUAUAUGUAUCCAUAGUAAACAAGAUUUAACAGAUACAUUUACUAACCAUCCAAAGUACACAUUAGAUCAAGUAAAACAAGAAUUAUUUAAUAACCUUGUAAUUAAUACUCCAUCCCAUGGAGCAGCCUAUAUCAGAAAGAAUUCAGUAGAGUAUGCCUUUGAUGUAGUAGCUGGUUCUUCUCCAUUACACAUUGACUGUUUUAAGGGUAUAGCAUAGAUGUAGUCCGUUGUCUUCUGAAUCACAAUGCUAACAUCAACAUGACAAAAGAAGAUGGAACAACACCAUUAUUUUAUGCGAGUGAAAUAGGACAUGAGGAUAUUGUACGUUUAUUAUUAGAUAAAGGUGCAGAUACACAGAUAUGUAGACUUGAUGGGAAAUCCCCUUUAAACAAGGAAUUAUUUGAAUCUGGAAUAAUUAUGAAUUCUGGAAAAUUGAUUAGAAAUGUAUGAUGAAAACUAACCCAACUAAAUAGGGUUAGCCAUGCGCGCAUGGCUAAUGUUAAUUUUAAUUUCACUAUCAUUUCAGUAUGAACUAGCUAACCCCCCUUAGCCAUGCACGCAUGGCUAACCCUAUUUAGUUGGGUUGGUUUUCAUCAUAAAUUACUCAUCAAUUUUCCAGAAUUCAAAAUUAUUCCAGAUCCAAAUAAUUCCUUGUUUUUACAGAUUUCUACAGAUAAUGGACAUACUUCUAUAGUAAUGAUAUUAACCAAUCACACAAAGAAGGAGGACAAAGUUUUUUCUUAACUCUUGUUCUUUAGUCAGUGGUUCUUUAUGACAUGUGAAAAAACAUGCAAGGGAUGUUGAAAUGUUUCCUUCUAAACUCUUGUUAAUUGACAAUUAAUAGUGUUUGCAAAAUCAAAUACAUAAUAAAAUGUGGCUGGAACAUGCUCUCUUGCUUAAACCACAUGCUAACUAAAACCCGGAUGAAGUAACAAUGGGGCAAAUCUAGUACAAGGCGUUAUCAAUUAGGUACAAUGAGAGUUGCCUUCCAUUGUACGCCUUUAGUCAGUGGUUUGUAAUACAUGUAAAAGCAUGCAGCAGACAAGACGAAAAACCUUCUUUUGUUAUUUUCUUGUUGAUUGUGUUUGUUUAAUAUGUUUGAUAUCUACUGCUAUUCAUUCCCUUACUUUCUCUUCCUUCUUCACAUUACAUGAAUAUUUCUUAAUUUUAUGACCAGGAAUAAAAGAAACAUUUUAGAUUUAGAUGCAGUAAAAGCAUUUUGUUGAUGCCAAUGAAUAAAACUGUAGACAUUGUAAUUCUAUCA